AUGAAGCUCUCGAUCGCCACGGCUAGCCUCCUCGCGUCGGCCGCCCUCGCCGCCGAGUUCCGCUUCACCAACAAGUGCGACUACACGAUCAACCUCCACGCCGGCGGCAGCGUCUUUGUGUGCGAUAUCCCGUCGGGCGAAACGCGCAACAACAACUGCGGCGCGACCUUGGGCUCGCACGGCCUGUUCAAGCACACGGCGGCCAACGACGUCAAUUUGCUCGAGUACUCGCUGACCAACACGCCUGGCUUCAACAACGUGUGGUACGACGUCAGCAACAUCCCGCCGGGCCCUGGCAACUGCAUGAGCUACGCUGACUGCAAGGCCUUCACGGGCAAGAAGGGCUACAACGUGCCCAUGAGCAUCCGCCCGACGGUCCACAACAACGGCAAAAACUGCCGCGACCUCGUCGUCACAUCGCCCGACUCGCCUGUCGCUUACCUCUUCCCGUCCGACGACGGCAAGAUGGCCGACUGCAAGAUCGACGAAGUCUUUGAUGUGACGUUCUGUCCCGGCGGCCCCCACGCAAGCUCCCACGCAAGCUCCCACGCAGGCUCCCACGCAGGCGCCUACCCAGGCUCCCACCCAGGCUCCUACCCAAGCUCCUACGCAAGCACCGUCGCCGAGCUCGAAUGCACCGACCCCGACGUGAUUCCGGACGGCCAGGUGGGGCCGUGGCAGCAGUGCGGCGGCAAGGGCUACUCUGGCUCGUCGACGUGCACGGACGGCUACGCGUGCCAAGGCGUGAACGAGUGGUUCUCGCUCUGCCACCCGCUGCCGCCCAAGGAAGGCGAGCUUGCGACGUGGGCCCAGUGCGGCGGGAAGGGUUACACUGGCAUCACCAAGUGCCAAGCGCGCGACGAGUGCUGGACCAAGGACGAGCACUUCUCCCAGUGCAUCCCCGCGUCCAAGAAGUCGACGUAA